AUGGUCUCUUUCAGCUGGAAGGUGAAAGAACCACACGAGGAGCACGAUACUUCCACUGAAAAUGCAGACGAUUCUAACCAUGAUCCUCAGUUUGAGCCCAUAGUUUCCCUUCCUGAGCAGGAAAUAAAAACUCUGGAAGAGGAUGAGGAAGAACUCUUUAAGAUGCGAGCAAAGCUAUUCCGAUUUGCAUCUGAGAAUGACCUUCCAGAAUGGAAAGAACGAGGAACUGGUGAUGUGAAACUCCUGAAGCACAAGGAGAAGGGAACAAUUCGCCUCCUUAUGAGGAGGGACAAAACCCUAAAAAUCUGUGCAAACCAUUAUAUCACACCCUUAAUGGAGCUGAGGCCCAAUGCUGGAAGCGACAGGGCAUGGGUCUGGAACACACAUGCUGACUUUGCAGAUGAAAGCCCCAAGCCUGAACUGCUGGCAAUCCGAUUUUUAAAUGCAGAAAAUGCACAGAAAUUUAAGGCAAAAUUUGAAGAAUGCAGGAGUGAAGUAGACAAGAGGGCAAAGAAAGGCACAGACAAAAAUGAUAGUGCUGAUAAAGUUGCUGAAAAACUAGAAGAGCUUUCUGUAAAGGAAGAAAGCAAAGAAUCUGAGAAGAAAGAGACCAAGGAAACAACUGAAGAAAAGCAAUAA